UUUGUUUCGUUCAAUACAUUAUAUACAUUAUUUCUUUCUUGUAGACCAAAUGAUGGCCAGCCAGUUUAUGUGAGAGAGCGACGGAGGAGGAGAGUAAACCGAGAUCCACCACCACCACUACCGCAGCCACCAGCUGCACCAGCACCACCACCAUCACCACCACCAUCACCACCACCAUCACCACCACCAUCACCACCACCAUCACCACCACCAUCACCACCACCAUCACCACCACCAUCACCACCCCCACAUCCAGCUGCACCAGAGCCACCACAACCACCACCAGUACCAGCACCACCACCAGUACCACCACCACCACCAGAACCAGCACCACCACCAGAGCUAGCACCACCACCACCACCGGAACCAGCACCACCUAGGGAGCCAUCACCACCACUGGCGCCAGCACCACCAAGUGUAACUGCACCACCGCUACCGCCACCACCACCACCACCAUUAGCUGCACCACCUGCAGCUCCUGUUGCACCCGCAGCAGCUGAGCAGUUCUAUGUUAUUCCGCUGGAUCCACCGGAAGACUUUCAGCCUUGGCUUGAACGCACACCGUUAUGGUUCAGGAGGUACCUGGAUGCAAGGGAGGAUCGGAUUCGUGCAUUGGAGACUCGUGUUGAGGAUGUUUUGUUACUUCAUAUUCCUUUAGCAGUGGAGAAUUUUGUCGCUUUGGUGAGUGACCGCGCAGAGUACGUGUUGCUUUUUUAA